AUGGUUAAGAUAAAUGAGAAAGCGGCCCCUUCUGGGUCUAGUUCUCAAACAGGGAGCUCGAAGCGAACUCAAUCGAGUUUAGCUCUUGAUGGUGAUAGCAACUACCAAACCCCGGGCAAUUCAGGCGACGAGGUCAGCAGGAGUGCUUCUGGUUCAGGCCAGUUCACUUUUAGAGCAGACCCAGAUGCUUCCCAAAAUGACAACAAGAAUGUAAGAUUUACGAGUAAUGCAGAUGAUGCAGAAAAUGACGCGUCCUCCAAAUUUACAGAAACUAGCUCUAAUUCCAGGAGCAAUGAUGAGCAAGAGGUCGAUGGAGAUAAACCUCGUCGUCGCAAAAGGAAGGCUAAGGUAUCCUUUACACAUUUGAGAAACAACGGUGAGGAUGGAGACGAUGAGACUUUCAUCAAAAAGAUAAUAAACAAUUUAACUGGCAAUCAGGGGGGCUUAGUCCCUGGGCUAGCGCCAGUAUCGUCAGACAGAGAAAAUAAUAAAGAUGAUUUGGAAAACUCCCAAAAAGAAGAUAUCCCCUUAUCUGACCUAACGGAUGCGUCCAAAAUUGUGAACGUGCACGACGGUGACAAUAAAGAAAAAUUGAGAGCAUUGAGACUAGAAAAUGACUUGAAUUCCACUUCAGACGGUGAAACGUUAGGGUCAAACUCAAAAAAUUCAUUCUUAGCACCUGCAGUGGACCAUUUUGACGAUUAUGCAGAAAAUAAUUCAUCGGACGAUAACGAAGGUUUCACCGAAACUUCCACAUACGUGCCGCCUCCAACUCAAGUGAGGAGUGGUGUGUUGGGGUCCUUAUUGAAGCUUUACCAAAACGACGAAUUAAAUGCAAGCUCUAUUUAUUCAGAGUCGCAAGCUCCAACAGAUGAUGAAAAAACUUUGUCUGCCGCUAUUGAGGGCCAGAGUCUUCCGGCAAUUAAGCGUACUAGGUUACAAGACUUAAAAGGUAAAGCUAAAAAGGGUAAGAUACCAAAAUUGAAAAAGAGGUUGAAGACUGAAGCAAAGAUAACUGUCCAUAUCGCAGACAUUUUGCAAAGACACCGUUUUAUUCUGCGCAUGUGCAGGGCCCUCAUGAUGUAUGGUGCCCCCACACACAGACUCGAGGAAUAUAUGAUUAUGACCUCAAGAGUCCUUGAAAUAGACGGCCAGUUUCUGUAUCUUCCAGGUUGUAUGAUUGUCUCAUUUGGUGACGCCACAACAAGAACAUCUGAAGUUCAAUUAGUGAGAUGCAACCAAGGUUUAAACCUUUGGAAACUACACCAGGUUCACGCCAUUUACAAAAGAGUUGUCCAUGAUACUAUGGGUGCCGAUGAAGGUAAUUCCCUACUUGAUCAGAUAUUGGCAGACACGAACUUAUACCCACCAUGGGUGUGUGUUUUAUUAUAUGCAUUUUGUUCUGCUAUGGUCACUCCAUAUGCCUUUGGCGGUGAUUGGGUGAACUUGGCAAUCUCAUUUUUCAUGGGUCUUUGUGUAGGGUCUUUGCAAUUCAUUCUUUCACAGAAAUCCUACAUGUACUCGAACGUUUUCGAAAUUUCUGCAUCCAUUGUUGUUAGCUUCUGUGGUAGAGCUUUCGGCUCUAUUCCUCAUUCAAAUAUCUGCUUUGGUGCCGUCACACAAGGUUCCCUGGCUCUAAUUCUUCCAGGUUAUAUAAUUUUGUGCGGCGCUUUAGAACUACAAAGUCGUAGUCUGGUUGCCGGUGCGGUCCGUAUGUUUUACGCUAUAAUUUACUCCUUGUUUUUGGGUUUCGGUAUCACGCUGGGCUCAGCUUUGUUCGGGUGGAUGUAUACCAAUGCAACAAACCAAAUUUCGUGUCCUCAAAUAAUUUCUCCGUGGUUUAGGUUUCUCUUCGUCCCUGCAUUUACUAUCAGUAUAUCCUUAUUGAAUCAAGCACACAUAUCGCAAUUGCCCGUUAUGGUUUUCAUAUCUUGCAGUGGUUAUGUCGUGACAUACUGGGCAGGUAAGCAUUUUGAAAACUCUACAGAAUUUACUGCUGCUUUGGCUGCAUUCGUUAUCGGUGUUAUGGGUAAUUUAUACUCUAGAAUUUGGAAAGGUUUAGMAGUAUCUGCCAUGUUACCUGCAAUCUUUGUUCAAGUGCCCUCCGGUAUUGCUUCGCAAAACUCUUUACUUUCUGGGCUACAAAGUGCAAACACGAUUGUUAAUCGUAAUGGAAGUACUGCCACCACCAGCACAUCUGACCCCUCAUCUUCAAUGUCAUUCGGUAUGACAAUGAUUCAAGUGUGUGUAGGUAUUUCUGUAGGAUUAUUUGCCUCAUCGCUCUUUGUUUAUCCCUUUGGUAAAAAGAAAACUGGUCUUUUCAGUUUAUAG